AUGAACUCAGCGCUUGAAUAUCAACUGAACCCAUUAAUCUUUACCUCAAACCGAAACUUGUUGCCUCAAAUUGUCAAUGUUCCUCACCUAUCUUGUGGCAGAAAAGAUGAAAUUUGUAGAUAUGUUAAUUUUAUUAAAAAAAGCAACUCUACAAAGCGAUGCUUCCAAAGACUUCCACCAGCAAUAAGGCGCAGAUCAAUGUCAUACAAUGUGUAUAGAGCACCAAAAAGAAUUAGGCCAACGCUUUCCUAUGAAAUGGCCAAGGCACCUCCAAGAAUAUCAAAAAGAAAAAAAAAAGAAAAAAAGAAGUUACCUUGGAUAAAACGAAACCUAUUACUUAGGGCUAUUAAUCGAGAAAAUUUUUGUGGAAAAGAAAUUUUUCCAUUUAAAACAAGAAGUUUAAGUAAAUUAAGCACUGCCUUUCGUCAAAACGGGCAGAUAAAUGCAAGAUUCCCGUUUAAUCAAUUUAAAUGGAUGGAAUCACAUUUGUACCAUUCAAAAAGAUUUCAAAUGUGUGAUGCGUUUGGAUACAAAUUGCCUUUGCAUUCAACCUCAAAACGAAACCGAAAAAUUUACAGGGCAUUUAAACAUGGUUUUGUUGUUCACGACUCAUCAUAUUUACAAUUAUUUGAAUUAAAGGGCACUAUCGAUGAUAUUUCAUUAUUAUUUAGGUUAUGUAAUUUUAAUGUGGAAUUUUUGUUCAGUUAUGAUUAUUUUAAUAGCAAUUCACGUGGAGGUGGAUUCUUGUUCAAGCUGAAGGAUUACGAAUUAGAUAAAAUUUCUACAAACAAAUUAUUUUCUAAACAAAUCCAUUUUUAUUCUUGGGAAAGAAUCGCUCCUAUUGAGUUUGUAUGGACUCCAUCGUGUACAAAUUGUGGUUCAAGUAAAUCUUUAUGGGUCUGGAUUCAUCCUAUUGCUUCGCAUCAACAAUUUUUUUAUUGGGAAAAGUGUAUUAAAGUGUUCGGCUUGAAUAUCGAGAUAAACUUAGUGGAAGAUGUGAAUAGAUUUGAAUUUCUAGGACCCAAAUCUUUGAAUUGCAUUGAGUCAUUGAUAUUUAAUAAUUCUUCUCCAAAAAUUGAAUUAAUUGUGGCUAAACAGGAUUUUGUAAAUACAGUUGGAAUUAACUUACCAAUAACAUACAAUUCAAAUAAAAUAUCAAACGAAAUUUUGAAAUUAAAUAACGAAUAUCAUCUAGAUUUCGAAGAUAAUCAUAUGGGCUGUUCAUUUUUUUGCAAUCAAUACAGAGAAGCCAUUAGAGAAAGAUUUUACUCUAAAAAAAAAUUAUUAAAUAAAGAACAUGCAACAAAGCAUGAUAAAUAUUAUACGCCUUUAAUAAAUAUGCUAAAUGGCAGGAGUAAAAAAAAAAAAAACAUCAAGACCCUUCUCUCAAACAUAAUUGAAAGGAAUGAAAAAAAAAAUUCUCAUUCUAACCUUAAUAGAAAAAAAAACCCAAAACAAAGAAUUAUUUUCUCUAAGGUUUUAAUUAUUUUUCAUCAAGGUUCAAAUUUGGGAUUUGAUCUUAUCUUUCCACGUGGAUUAAAUUCGUCACUGUUACUCAGAUAUUUGCAUUUAUACUCUGCCCAAAUUAUUGGAAUUGGUGAGAGAAGAAGAUUGUUGACUCAACUUGGAAUUCCAAUGUUCCCAUUUGAUUUCAUUGAAACUUUAAGCUGUCAUAAAAUACAAAUUUCAAAUCCAAUUUACUCAAAAUCUAAAGAAUUUCUUGAAGAAAUGUGUAAUGAAGUAACAAAUUUCUCAAACUACAUGAAAACUCCUCCAAGUAAAAGGAUAAAUUACUUUUUCAAUAAAAUCGAGUUCCCUUUUUUGAUUAAUUGGAAUAAAAUUUUGAAUGAAUCAUGCCUGGAAUAUUCUAAAUUUCAAAAAAACUAUUUGGCACUUAACCAAAUUAUUUCAAAUUCUAUUUCAAGUAAAGAUGUAGAAAUUGAAAAAUACAACAUAUUUGUUCCUAGGGUUGGAUACCGAGGAACUAAGAAAGAGUAUGAUGAUGCAUUUUCCUGCUUUCCGACGAACCCAACGAUGAAAUUAAGAACUUUAGUGUUAGUGAAAAUUACAUCAUCAUGCAAAAUAAAUCACAAAGCACAUAUUUAUAUGUGCAAAAGAGGUGAUGUAAAAGAAAUCGAAAAAAAAAACUAUUUGAUUGAAGAACCUAAUAAAUAUGGCAAGACAUCUUUGAAAGAGAAUUCGGUGGAUCAUCCCGAAUCUUUCAACAGUAGCAACCCAAGUUUUUCCACAAUGAGAAAACUUGUAGGUAUUGUAACUAGCGGAGGGUACUCGAUGUCAAUGAGAAAGGGAAUUGGGAUAGGUUAUAUUUCACUUUUCUCAUUCAAUGAAUCUUGUCUAGAACAAGUCAAAGAACCAUUAUUUUUCUGGAUUAGAAAACAUGACCUUAGGUAUACUCCAGUUAAAAUAGAAAAAUACAGUCAAUCAGAUAUCCACUUUAAUAUUUAUUAA